AUAAUUUUCUUAGAGAUGGAGUUUGUGUUAAAUUUGAUACAUUAAUCAUAGACAAUACCUUUUAGAUAAGGAGUAAAGUUUAACAACUACAAUGUUGUUUGCAUGUAAGAAAAUAGAUGAGACAUAGCAUUUCUGUUUGUGCAUACAUAUUGGCAUUAUUAAUAAAUGGUACAAUAGGAGUAAAGACAGCAAGAUCUACAAGUGAGAGUUAUAAAUUAGUGGUGACACCUCCUCCUUGGGCAUUUUCAAUAUGGGGAGUGAUUUUUAGUAAUAAUUUAUUAUGAAUUUAAAUAGGUACAACAUUGGUAGCAUUAUUAUGGAGUAUUCAUUCUGUAAGUUGGAGUUUAGAGACACAUUUAUAUUUCUGGUUGUACUGUUUUACAAUUUCAGUUUGGAUAUUACUUUGGGCAAUAGUUAGCAAAAUAACAAUAAUUUUGUGUAAAGUAGUGCUAAUUUUAUUAACAAUUGUAUAAAUAAUUAGAAAAUAAUUAAGAAUAUAUAUAUGUUAUGGAAGAGUACAUUAGUAAUAGAGAAUGAUGAUUGGUCAAUAUAUUUAAUGAGAGGAGCAAUAGCAUUUUAAUUAGGUUGGACUUCUAGUGCCUAAUGUUUGAAUUUCUGUAUAUGUAUGGUACAUGUGUUUGGAGUGACUUAAGAUAUGAUAUCAAAAUUAGUUUGGGUUUGUAUAGUGAUAGCUCAUACAAUAUAUUUAAGUUUAGCAUAUUUUCAUUCAAAAUAAUGUAAAUUUGAGAAUAAUUUUAGAUAACAAAAAUAUGUUAGUAAAUUUUGGAGGUUAUUUGUUAAGUAUGACUUGGGCAAUAGUUGGAGUGACUGUAUCAUAUAAUAAUUAUAUUGCUGGGAAAGCAAUAAGUAAAUAAAAAUGAGUUGGUUAAUGAUGAC